AUGUUCGCCAAUACGUUUACUACGGUGGUCCUCGGUCUUGCCGAGCAGGACUCAUACCCAACUACCCCGUCCGGUCGGAACGAUGGCAACAAAGAGUGUCACAAGUGCAGAGGACGCGGACACUUCUCCAAAGCUUGCCCCAAUGAAAGAUUCUCCCUUCUCACCAAAUAUGUGACAUGCCGUACUUGCGGCCAGGAGGGGCAUACGAAGGCAGACUGUCCGACUCGCCAGUGCAAAAGGUGCUACGAAAUAGGCCACUCAGCAAAUGAAUGUACAGCGCCCUACUGUACUCGGUGCAGACAGCCGGGCCAUUCGCGCGAAGGCUGUAACUCUGCUCCUCCUAAGUGCGAUGAUUGCGGUGGUGUGCAUCCCACGAUCCACUGCGAGCUCUUCACUAAUGGGAAGAAAAAGAGAGGAAACCAGUGA